AAUGUUGAGUAUAUUAUCAUUUGUAGGAAAAAAUUUUAAUUCUAUAAUAGAGAAAAAAAAAUAGAACAAUUAAAAUACGAAUCUAGUUCCAGUGAUUUAAGUUAAUUCCCCUGUUACAUCAUUUGUUAGUUAAGGUUUUAAAGUAUGAAAAAUAAAAAGAUCACAUUAGGUGCUUACUUAAAAUGAAAAACAAUAUGCCUAUCAUUUUGCUAGAGCUGCUUGGGAAGGAGCAAGAAUCUGUUACUUUUAGAGAUCUUAUGAGUCACCAGGAUUAUUUUACAUUUUUCAUAAGAUAUUUUCAAAAGAAAAACCUUUAGUUGUGAAAUAACGUUUAUUAUAGAAUGGAUGGAGUGAAGAAGAGGUUGAAUAAUUAUUUGUUUAUAUUGCUGCUGUAUUCUAAAAUUCUGGUAAUUUUAAAAAUUUUGGAGAUUCAAAAUUCAUACCCGAAAUUAGUUAUGAAAAAUUUGAACAAUUUAUUACAACAUCAUAAGGUUAUUAAGUUGAUUAAGUUUGGUAAAGUAUUAGUAAAUAUAUAUAUAAUUAUGAUAAACCUUAUGGUUUAAUUGAUUUAUAAGAAAAGAAUGGUUCAAAUUCUUAUUAUAGUAAUAAUUUAAAAGGAGAAUUGUUGGAGGCUGUGGAUAAAUUUUUGAUUGUCUAAGGUAUUUCUGAAUUGAACACAAGAGUUGUUAAAGUUGAAGAUGAAAUUCAUGUUUUAGUAGCUUCGGUGAAUAAAGGUGAGAAAGAUUUAGGAGAAGUACAUAACCAUAAAAUUAAAUUGAUAUAUGGUGAUUAUUCUCCUUUUCUUAAUAGUGUUGUGAAUCAUUUGACAGAUGCUCUUUAAUAUGCAGCAAAUGAUAAUCAAAAGAAUAUGAUAUAAGCUUACAUUGAUCAUUUCAAUAGUGGAGAUAUUGAAUAACAUAAAUAAUCAUAGAGACAUUGGAUCAAGGAUAAAGGACCUGUUAUUGAAACAAAUAUUGGAUUCAUUNAUCAUUUGUAGGAAAAAAUUUUAAUUCUAUAAUAGAGAAAAAAAAAUAGAACAAUUAAAAUACGAAUCUAGUUCCAGUGAUUUAAGUUAAUUCCCCUGUUACAUCAUUUGUUAGUUAAGGUUUUAAAGUAUGAAAAAUAAAAAGAUCACAUUAGGUGCUUACUUAAAAUGAAAAACAAUAUGCCUAUCAUUUUGCUAGAGCUGCUUGGGAAGGAGCAAGAAUCUGUUACUUUUAGAGAUCUUAUGAGUCACCAGGAUUAUUUUACAUUUUUCAUAAGAUAUUUUCAAAAGAAAAACCUUUAGUUGUGAAAUAACGUUUAUUAUAGAAUGGAUGGAGUGAAGAAGAGGUUGAAUAAUUAUUUGUUUAUAUUGCUGCUGUAUUCUAAAAUUCUGGUAAUUUUAAAAAUUUUGGAGAUUCAAAAUUCAUACCCGAAAUUAGUUAUGAAAAAUUUGAACAAUUUAUUACAACAUCAUAAGGUUAUUAAGUUGAUUAAGUUUGGUAAAGUAUUAGUAAAUAUAUAUAUAAUUAUGAUAAACCUUAUGGUUUAAUUGAUUUAUAAGAAAAGAAUGGUUCAAAUUCUUAUUAUAGUAAUAAUUUAAAAGGAGAAUUGUUGGAGGCUGUGGAUAAAUUUUUGAUUGUCUAAGGUAUUUCUGAAUUGAACACAAGAGUUGUUAAAGUUGAAGAUGAAAUUCAUGUUUUAGUAGCUUCGGUGAAUAAAGGUGAGAAAGAUUUAGGAGAAGUACAUAACCAUAAAAUUAAAUUGAUAUAUGGUGAUUAUUCUCCUUUUCUUAAUAGUGUUGUGAAUCAUUUGACAGAUGCUCUUUAAUAUGCAGCAAAUGAUAAUCAAAAGAAUAUGAUAUAAGCUUACAUUGAUCAUUUCAAUAGUGGAGAUAUUGAAUAACAUAAAUAAUCAUAGAGACAUUGGAUCAAGGAUAAAGGACCUGUUAUUGAAACAAAUAUUGGAUUCAUUGAGACUUAUUUGGAUCCACUUAAAGUUCGUGCUGAAUGGGAAGGUUUUGUAGCUGUAGUUAAUAAAGAAGAAAGUUCUCUCUUAAAUGAAUUAGUCAAUAAAGCUGAAGAUAUUAUUAAGUAUUUACCUUGGCCAAAAGAAUUUGAAGUUGAUAUCUAUAAAAGACCUGAUUUUACAUCAUUAGAAGUUUUGGCUUUUGCAAGUUCUGGUACACCUUUAGGUAUUAACAUACCUAAUUAUGAUGAUAUUAGAUAAAAUGAAGGAUUUAAGAAUGUUAAUUUGGGUAAUACAAUAGGAAAAUUAUCAAAAGAAUCUAUAAAAUUCUUAGAUGAGAUUGAUUAAGAGAUAUUUUAUAAAUAUUAAUAAGAAGCUAUAUUUUUGAUUGUUGCACUUCAUGAAUUGAUUGGUCAUGGUGCUGGUAAGGUAUUCAUGAAAGAUAAAGAUGGUAAUUUAAAUUUCAAUAUUGAAAAAACAAUUAAUCCAUUAACAAAUAAAAAAAUUGAUUCAUUCUAUAAUUAUGGUGAAUAAUGGCAUUCUAAAUUUGGUGAAUUCUCUGGAGCUAUGGAAGAAUGUAAAGCUGAUGCUACUGCAUUAUAUUUAUCUACUUAUGAUGAUGUUGUGAAAUUGCUUUUACCAAAUUAAUCAGAAGAAGAAAGAAGAAACACUGUUUUUGCAGGUUGGCUUUUUAUUGUUCAUAGAGCUGUUUAAGGAUUAGAAUUUUAUAAUCCAGAAUAAAAGAAAUGGGGUUAAGCACAUGUUUUAGCUAGAAAUGUUAUUUUAUAAUCUUUAAUUAAAGAAGAUUCAGAAAUAAUUAAAAUAAAAGAAACUAAGUAAAAUGGUAAACCAUAUAUACUUUUUAAAUUUGAUUAAUCUAAAUUAUACACAACAGGUAAGAAAGCUAUUUCUAAUUUAAUAUUACAUUUAUAAGUAUAUAAGUCAAUUGGAGCUGGAAAUGAAGGUAUUUAAUUCUUUAGUAAUUUGGCUGUUGUUAAUGAUUAAUUCCUACAUUAUAGAAAUAUUAUUAUUUAAAAUAAGAUACCAAGAAGAUUGGAAAUUCAACCAAACUUAGUUUUAGAAGAUGGAGAAGUUAAACUAAAAGAAUAUGAAUCUACAUUUGCUGGAAUUAUUGAAUCCUAAGUUGAACAUCAUUUAGAAAAUAUUGAAACAACCAAGGAAUUAUUUUUAAAUAUAUAAAAGUUAUUUUAGAAUUGA